AUGGCGACGCCACCCGAGACCCGCCUCUCCUAUGGCAGCCUAUUCCGCUACUCGACGCCCAAAGAGCGCAGAGUCAUCGCCCUGGGCUGCCUGGCCUCAGCUGUCACGGGCGCGAUGACCCCCGUCUUUGCCCUCAUGUUUGGCUACCUGCUCAAUGCCUUUUGGGCCGCCGACCUGAUGGCUGAGAUCAACAAGUUUGCGCUCAUCAUCCUGGGGGUGGCGGGAGCAGCCUUCAUUUCGGGCACGCUGCAGUAUGCGUGCCUGAUGUGGGCCGGCACGCAGCAGGCCAAUCGCGUGCGCCACCUCUACCUCACCUCGCUCCUGUCCCAGGACAUGGCAUUCUUUGAGACCGCCACCACUAAGGCCGACCUGCUGCAUGGGCUGCGUGAGGAGGCGGUGACAUACCAGGAGGCGGUGUCAGACAAGCUGGGCAGCUUCCUGCAGGGGGUGGCCUGCUUCGUCGGGGCCAUGGUAGUGUCCUUCACCCGCGGCUGGGACCUGAGCUUGGUUGUGCUGGCCGCCAUCCCCGCCCUGGUCGUCGUGGGCGCCAUCUGCGGCAUCUUCACCGCGUGCCUGCAGGCCAAGGCAAGCCGGGCAUACAGCCGCGCGGGUGGCAUCGCCGGAGAGGCUGUGGCCAACUAUCGCACGCUGGCAGCAUAUGGCCAGGAGGAGGCCACCGUGAAGAGCUAUGCCGCGGCGCUGGCUCCUCCCACAAAGCUGGGAGAGUGGCAGGGCCUGCUGGGCGGCUUCACCCUGGGCGCCACCCACCUCACCUUCUUUGCGGCCUAUGCGCUGGCGCUGUGGUAUGGCAGCCGCCGGGUGGCAGACGGAGAGAUGGAUGGCGGCAAGGUGUGGACCAUCAUCCUGUCGUGCGUGCUGGGAGGCUUCUCGUUGGGAGGGGCCAUGCCGCACUUGGCGGUCUUCCAGCAGGGCUGCGUGGCGGCCGCCAGCCUGUUCGCCGUCAUUGAGCGCACAUCCGCACAGGCCUCUCCUGCUGGCACUGCCCCCAUCACCAUUACCUUAACCAGCAGCCAAGCUGGGGCUGGCCAGGGCAAGGCCGCCCCCAAGAGCAGCCGCAUUGUGUACACCGCGGCCGACGGCCAGCUGGUGCCAGCUGGCGCCAGCUGUCGUGGCGACCUGGAGCUGAGCUGCGUCAGCUUUGCCUACCCGGCCCGCCUUGAGCGCCCCGUCUUCCAGGGGCUGUCCCUUGUGUUCCCAGCAGGCAAGACCAGCGCCCUGGUGGGCGAGAGCGGCAGCGGCAAGUCCACCGUCAUCCAGCUGCUCCUGCGCCUGUACGACCCAGGCGCCGGCGCCGUGCUGCUGGACGGCCGCGACGUGCGCACCCUGCCCCUCGACUGGCUGCGCUCGCAGUUUGGCCUGGUCAGCCAGACCCCCACCCUCUUUGCCUCCUCCAUAUUUGACAACAUCGCCCUGGACAGCGGCGCCAGCAUGGAGCAGGUGGUGGCCGCAGCCAUGGCCGCCAACGCGCACGGCUUUAUCUCAAAGCUGCCGAACGGGUAUGACACCGUCGUGGGCGAGAAGGGCAGCAACCUGAGCGGGGGGCAGCGGCAGCGCAUCGCCAUUGCGCGUGCCAUCCUGAGGAACCCGGCGGUGCUGCUGCUGGAUGAGGCGACCUCGGCGCUGGACAGCGGCUGCGAGAAGGCGGUGCAGGCGGCUCUGGAGGGCCUGAUGGUGAGCAGAACCGGCGUGACCGUGGCGCACCGCCUGUCCACGGUGGCGGCCGCCGACGCCAUCCACGUCCUGAGGAGCGGGGUGGCGGUGGAGUCGGGCACACACCGGGAGCUUCUGGAGCGAGGCGGACACUACUCCAGCCUGGCGGCCAGGCAGGCAAUGCGGCUGGAGGAGGAGGAGGAGGAGGAGGCGGGUGGCCAGGCCGGGGCGCCUGGGGAUGCGCUGGUCAAGGUGGCCGCCGGCACCGGCAGGGGCAAGGGCGCCGUGCGCCAGCUCCGCGACUCCGUCCUCCGCCGCGGCUCCGUGCGCCUCUCCAUCAUCCCCCAGGCAAUCGCCCGCCCCGCAGCAGCUUGCUGCGCCCGCCUGGCUGCACCGAGCCUGCCCCAAGCCUGCUGCCCACUGGUCGCCCUCCAAGCCGCCUACAUUGCAUGA